AUGGAGGGCAAGAUCGUAAAAAGCCAAGAAGAAUACACCCUGGAUGGAUCGGUGGAUCGCAAUGGAAGGCCCGCGAUUCGAUCAAGAACCGGAUCAUGGGGCGCAGGCAUUUUGUUACUAGUGAAUCAAGGACUUGCGACGCUGGCAUUUUUCGGAGUAGGAGUGAAUCUAGUGUUGUACCUAACAAGAGUGAUGGGGCAAGACAAUGCAAGUGCCGCAAACAACGUUAGCAAAUGGACGGGCACCGUCUACUUGUUCUCUCUCCUUGGCGCCUUCCUUAGCGACUCCUAUUGGGGCCGUUACAAAACUUGCGCCAUUUUUCAAGCCAUCUUCGUCAUCGGAUUGGUAUCACUAUCCCUAACAUCAUACCUAUUCUUGGUCAAGCCGAGUGGCUGCGGUGACGAGGGAACACAAUGCGGGGCCCACUCCGCCACCCACCUCUCCCUAUUCUACGUAUCGAUUUACCUAAUUGCCCUCGGAAACGGAGGGUACCAACCCACCAUCGCAACAUUUGGGGCCGACCAAUUCGACGAGGAACACCCUAAGGAGAGCCACUCGAAGGUGGCUUUCUUUAGCUACUUUUACUUGGCGCUAAAUCUCGGGAGUCUAUUUUCGAACACCGUUUUGGGGUACUACGAGGAUAAGGGAAUUUGGGCCGUGGGUUUCUGGUCUUCUGCUGGGUCCGCCACUGUUGCGCUGAUUUUGUUCUUGCUGGGUACCCCGAUCUACAGACACGUUACGCCCAAGGGGAACCCGUUUUCGAGGUUUUGCCAGGUGGUGAUUGCUGCGUCGAGAAAGUGGAAAGUCGAGGUGCCUUCGAAUGAUGAUCUUUUGUAUGAAGUGAAGGGAGGUGGUGAUAAUCUUGCUGAUAAUGGAGGGAGGAAAAUUCUUCACACCCAUGGGUUCAUAUUCUUGGAUAGAGCAGCCGUGGUGACACACAAAGACCACACAGUGGAGGUGAAAACGAGCGCCGCCCACAAUCCAUGGCGGCUGUGCUCCGUCUCGCAGGUGGAGGAAGUCAAGUGCAUACUGAGGCUCCUCCCGAUCUGGCUCUGCACGAUACUCUACUCCGUCGUCUUCACCCAGAUGACGUCACUCUUCGUCGAGCAGGGCGCCGCCAUGAAGACCACCACCGCCGGCGGCUUCCACAUCCCUCCGGCGAGCAUGUCCAGCUUCGACAUCCUCAGCGUCGCCACCUUCAUCUUCCUCAGCCGCCGCGUCAUCUUCCCGGCGGUGGCCAGGAUGAGGAAGUCAGGCCUCGCCCCGACGGAGCUCGAGCGGAUGGGCGCCGGACUCGUCAUCGCCGCGGCGGCGAUGAUCUCCGCCGGCGUGGUGGAGCACUUCCGGCUGAGGUCGGUGGAUUCCUCCGGUGACGGCGGCGGAGGGAUGAGCAUAUUCUGGCAGGUGCCGCAGUACGUUCUGAUCGGGGCGUCGGAGGUUUUCAUGUACGUGGGGCAGCUGGAGUUCUUCAACGGGCAGGCGCCGGACGGGCUGAAGAGCUUCGGGAGUGCGCUCAGCAUGACGUCGAUAUCGCUGGGGAAUUACGUCAGCAGCCUGAUCGUGACGAUUGUGAUGAAGGUGUCGGCUUCCGACGAGAUGCCGGGGUGGAUACCGAGGAACCUGAACGAUGGGCACCUGGACAGGUUUUAUUACCUGCUGGCGGCGCUCACGGCGGCGGAUUUCGGGGUGUAUGUAUUGUGUGCCAGGUGGUAUAAAUACACCAGAUUUGAGGAGAGAAGUAGUAGAGGGAAGAACACGACCAAUGAUUUUAUUGUCUAAUAAUUCAUUUUUGUACAUUUUAUUUAAUUUUCUUCAUAUUAUAAUGAUAACUCUUUUUUUU